AUGAAGUCAAAAAAUAAUCUAAUGAUGAAAUCUGAACGUUCAUUACUUAUAUUUUCAAGUCUAUUAUUAUUACUAACAUUUGUUAUGGCAUUUAUAUCGUUACGUACAAAUACAUGGUCAAUUAUUUAUUCAACCGCAUCUAAACAAAAUCAUUCCUCUAACAACUUAGAAUGGUCAUCUUCAUCCUCCACACGAACACCAAUUGAAUGGUACGGUCUGUUCGAUGAUUGUCAUCUGAGAUCAGAAGAAGCAUUAUGUACUACACGUGAACCAUAUAAUAAUUUCGCUGUCGUAUUUCUCUCAUUAAUUGGUAUUAUUUUGGUAUUGAGUGGUAUGCUGUUAUCAUUUAUGAUGGCAUUUAAACCAUUUUUUCGUCAACACUAUUAUAUUGUACCAUCAGUUUUGUUACUGGCAUGUAUUGCACAAACAAUAUGUUUUGGUCUGUUUGUACAACAUUCAAAUGCAAAUGGCUACAGUUCUAAACUAUGGCUAACAGCAAUUGUAUUCACAUAUACAUCAUUGGCUCUAGUCAGUUUUGUCUGUGGUAUUGAAUGUUUAAAACAUAUUGAACAGCAACAACAAAAAGAAAAUGAAAAUGAGAUGAAAAAAAAUUCAAAAAAUGGAGAUAAAUCGCCAUCAAAAUCAACGCCAAAAAUGGACCCUCAUUCAAAUGGCAAGGUAAAUAAUGAGAAAGAAAAAGAUGAUAAGUCAAAAUCAACUCCACCAGCAGCAUCCGCCAAUGAAAGCAGCACAGCACUAUCAGCGUCCAAAGAUUCAGCGGAUAAACCAAAGCAAGAAGAUGACAAAGAACAAGAAGGUGAUACGGCUAAACAAGAACAAGCAGAUUCAGAUUUGAAACCAUCAUCAUCCAAAGAUUCAGCGGAUAAACCAAAGCAAGAAGGUGAUACGGCUAAACAAGAACAAGCAGAUUCAGAUUUGAAACCAUCAUCAUCCAAAGGUUCAGCGGAUAAACCAAAGCAAGAAGGUGAUACGGCUAAACAAGAACAAGCAGAUUCAAAUUUGAAACCAUCAUCGUCCAAAGAUUCAUCGUCUGAUAGAACGAGCCAAGACAACAAAGCAACGGAAAAUGUUAAAGUUGAUCAACAACAAGAAUAG